UCAACACAUGCCGUUUAUGGUCGCGUCCGGGCAGCUUGAAAUUGGGUUCCUAGUUGAAUGAUUCUCCUCUCCAUGUCACUCUCUGUUGACACUAGCUGGCCACUACAAGCAAGUCUUCGUGGCGGCAAGUCUUCGACAGUAAGUGUGUUUGGACGGGAAAAGACGGCAGUAAUCAUCUUCCACAGUAGUGCACUAAACUGCUAGCCAGUCUAGAUGGCUCUGCGCAGAACAUUUCCAAGAGCAUAGUGGGAGCUGAGCUGAAAGGGGCGAAGGGCCAUGGGGAACCCCUGGAGCUGGUGUUGGAUUCUCGUGUGUCUCUGCGUGGUCUGUGACGGGUGUUUGCACGAGGAGAGAAGCGCGCUUCUGGACAUUGCUAAUGAGUUCUCAAUGCCGGGGUGGCCUACACUGAACUGGAAUGGUGAAAACUGCUGCUCCUGGGAGAGGGUGACCUGCGACCCGGGAACAGGCCGUGUCAAGGCCCUCGACCUUGCAGGAGCUGGGUUGUUCCUACAAUUACAACUCAACACUACUAUGUUCCUUCCCUUCCAGGAACUGCAGAAUCUGUCCUUGAGUAACCUUGAUAUACAGGGAUGUGUACCUGGUGCAGGUUUUGAUGUGUGGUCUAAUUUACGCAAAUUAGAAAUUCUUGACCUAUCUGGAAAUCAGAUGAAUGAUAGUACUAUAUCAUCCUUGCUUGGUCUUCCAUCACUGCGGUCCCUAUUCCUUAGUGGCAACAUUAUCACCAGUGCACAAAUUAUCAAAAGAUUGAGCAAAAGAAAGAUGGAUGUUAUUGAUCUAAGCUGGAAUAUAAUUGUCGGCAACAUAUCAAGAGAGAUUUGCAAUAUGACAAAUCUUCAAGAGCUACAUCUGAAUGGAAAUUUUUUCUUUGGGGAGCUUCCGCCAUGCAUUACAAACCUUACUUCCCUUAGAGUUCUUGAUGUUUCACACAAUCUUUUAACAGUUAGGUUUCCCUCUCUUAACUUAGCAAAUAUGUCCUCACUCGUGCAUCUAUCCCUUUCUCAUAAUCAGCUUGAAGGAAUGCUACUCCUUAGUUCCUUCUCAAAAUAUAUUCGACUGAAAUACUUGGGACUUUCAAGCGAUAGUACUAACUUUCAAUUACGAACCGAGACUCCAGCUGCAAAUAUAUCAGUUCAGCUUCAGGUUCUUGAACUAUCUAACUGCAAUCUAAAUGAAAAUUCUGGUGUACCAAGUUUGUUGUUGCAUCAGCAUGAAUUGUACUUGAUUGAUCUGUCAAACAAUUAUCUAAGCGGUCAUUUCCCUAUGUGGUUGAUAGAGAACAAUACAAAGCUGUCAUACUUGAAUUUGCAAAAUAACUUGUUUGUUGGUCCACUAGUUCUUCCAUCCAAAGUAAAUAAGAACUUAUCUUGGUUAGACGCAUCUUGCAACAUGUUAAACAAAGAAAUUCCUAUGGACAUCAACAUCACGUUGCCAAAUCUUGACCACUUAAACUUAUCAAGAAAUUAUUUUCAAGGUCCACACUCUUCAGCUUUUAGUUACAUGAAGAAUCUCUCAAUUUUAGACAUUUCUUACAACAAUAUUUCAGAUCACAUAGCAGCUAGUUUCAUUGGAACUCAAUCAGGCCUCACUGCUUUAUUUUUAUCCAGCAACAGCUUCCAUGGCCCACUCCCUGAAGUCUUGAACUUGACAUCCAUGCAAUCUUUAGUUCUAAGUAAUAAUAGCAUAUCCGGAGAGAUUCCCACUAGUAUUUGUGGAAACGCAAAUCUUGGUGCGGUUGAUUUUAGCAAUAACAAACUGACCGGGUCUGUCCCAAAUUGUAUAUGUCAAAUCGAAAACCUUUAUAUCCUUAAUCUAAGAGGGAACCAACUUUCUGGAUCAAUCCCAUCAGAUAUAUGCAACCUUCGACAACUUCAGUUUCUUGAUCUCUCGAAAAACCUUCUUUCUGGUCAGAUACCCUCUUUGCCCAAUUUGACAUAUCUACAUCUAAGUGAGAAUAAUUUCAAUGGAACAUUUCCGUUGCCCUUGUCAUUCAAUUCUUAUCUGAAGACAAUUGAUCUUCGAUAUAACCAAUUGGGUGGUGCAAUCCCAAGCAGUAUAGCUGAGGCUUUUCCGGAGCUAAGAGUGUUACUGCUGAAAGGAAACAUGUUUGAAGGGAUGAUUCCAUACCAAAUAUGUCGUUUGAAGUAUUUGCGGCUGCUAGACCUGUCUAAUAAUAUGCUAUCGGAGCAGAUACCUUCAUGCUUGAGCAGUAUGGGUUUAUUUGGAGAUUUAUAUUCCUUCCAAUACAGUGAUACCAUUCAUACCAAUAGCUCUGUUGAAAUACCCAACAGCAUCCUAUACCAGAUAUUCCAACUUGGUUAUUCCUCAGAGUUCAAUGCUUCUUUAUUGGAAACGGACCAGGAGGAAUUCACGACAAAAAGUAGGCAAGAUUAUUACAAGGGUAACAUUCUCAACUUCAUGUCUGGAUUAGACUUCUCUUCAAACCAGUUGGAAGGAUCCAUUCCUGAAGGUAUAGGUGGCAUGCAAUGGUUACGGGCACUAAAUUUUUCGAACAAUUCAUUGAUUGGACCAAUACCAAAGUCCUUAUCCAACUUAACCAACCUUGAGAGCUUGGAUCUAUCACAGAAUAGCUUGACAUGCCAAAUACCACAGGAGCUAGCAGCGCUACAAUCACUGGAGGUCUUCUCGGUGGCAUACAACAACCUGUCAGGUCCUACACUGGGUACCAAGGGACAGUUCAUCACAUUUGAUCAGAGGAGCUACGAGGGUAACCCUGGCCUCUGCGGCCCACCUCUACUGAAGAUCUGCUCCAUCACGCCGCCAUCGAUUCCUCUGCCUGAAGUGGAUGACCAUCAUGAUAGAAUUGGUGAUCUAAUAUUGUUUGGCUCUUCAGCGUUGUUCUACGCAAUUGGGUUCUGGACGUCCUUGGCUGUGCUUUACUUCAAGAGAAGCUGGCGAUGGGCGCUGUUUUUAGCUGUGGACAGGUUCACCGAUCUUCUGAUGGUUAGAAUUGCUAUACUGAUGAAAAGGUUCCAUAGCACCGAUUGAGCUUUCCGGAAUCUGAACUGUUUAGUAACUGCUGAUACGUUCAGAGUCACACCUGUUGGCUCAGAUUAGAGUAAAUAAGAGUUGUAAGCCUCUUUUUUAGAAAAAGAAAGAUGUGUGGGGCACAACAAGCUGGUAAUGCUCUGCCUCUGUGGCUUGUCUGCUCUUUGAUCAAACAUAUGAACUCUGUUUGCUAGGAUAUCUGAUGUGAUGAUGUAAACCGAUAUAUGAUGGCAUGUUGUAAACCGUGUGAUAUUCUUGUUGGACAUUUGCCAGCGCGUGAAUCAGCACAAACAGUUUCAGCAGCAUGAUUCGGCGGGGGUAAAAACUCAUCAGAUUCCAGUUUAUGUUACACCAAUCCUAUUCCCAGUUUA